GAAUGAACUUCCGGGUAAGGACAGAUCUGCUUCCGGGUGAUGAGGCUGCAGUAUGGGGUCUGCCAGGAUCUUUAUCCAGAGUGACUGGCAACAAGCCCUGCGGUGAGGGGGGAUACUGCCCACUGCAAUAUAUAGUGAUACAGAGUAUCCCAUGAUGAUCAGACUGUGUAUAUACUGAUACAGAGUAUACCAUGAUAAUCAGACUGUGUAUAUAGUGAUACAGAGUAUACCAUGAUAAUCAGACUGUGUAUAUACUGAUACAGAGUAUACCAUGAUAAUCAGACUGUGUAUAUACUGAUACAGAGUAUCCCAUGAUAAUCAGACUGUGUAUAUAGUGAUACAGAGUAUACUAUGAUAAUCAGACUGUGUAUAUAUAGUGAUACAGAGUAUACCAUGAUAAUCAGACUGUGUAUAUACUGAUACAGAGUAUACCAUGAUAAUCAGACUGUGUAUAUAGUGAUACAGAGUAUACCAUGAUAAUCAGACUGUGUAUAUACUGAUACAGAGUAUACCAUGAUAAUCAGACUGUGUAUAUAUACUGAUACAGAGUAUACCAUGAUAAUCAGACUGUAUAUAUAGUGAUACAGAGUAUACCAUGAUAAUCAGACUGUGUAUAUACUGAUACAGAGUAUCCCAUGAUAAUCAGACUGUGUAUAUACUGAUACAGAGUAUACCAUGAUAAUCAGACUGUAUAUAUAGUGAUACAGAGUAUCCCAUGAUAAUCAGACUGUGUAUAUAGUGAUACAGAGUAUACCAUGAUAAUCAGACUGUGUAUAUACUGAUACAGAGUAUACCAUGAUAAUCAGACUGUGUAUAUACUGAUACAGAGUAUCCCAUGAUAAUCAGACUGUGUAUAUAGUGAUACAGAGUAUACUAUGAUAAUCAGACUGUGUAUAUAUAGUGAUACAGAGUAUACCAUGAUAAUCAGACUGUGUAUAUACUGAUACAGAGUAUACCAUGAUAAUCAGACUGUGUGUAUAUAGUGAUACAGAGUAUACCAUGAUAAUCAGACUGUAUAUAUAGUGAUACAGAGUAUCCCAUGAUAAUCAGACUGUGUAUAUACUGAUACAGACUAUCCCAUGAUAAUCAGACUGUGUAUAUAGUGAUACAGAGUAUACCAUGAUAAUCAGACUGUGUAUAUAGUGAUACAGACUAUCCCAUGAUAAUCAGACUAUGUAUAUAUAGUGAUACAGAGUAUCCCAUGAUAAUCAGACUGUGUAUAUAGUGAUACAGAGUAUCCCAUGAUAAUCAGACUGUGUAUAUAUAGUGAUACAGAGUAUCCCAUGAUAAUCAGACUGUGUAUAUAGUGAUACAGAGUAUCCCAUGAUAAUCAGAAUGUGUAUAUAGUGAUACAGAGUAUCCCAUGAUAAUCAGACUGUGUAUAUAUAGUGAUAUAGAGUGUACCAUGAUAAUCAGACUGUGUAUAUAGUAAUACAGAGUAUCCCAUGAUAAUCAGACUGUAUAUAUACUGAUACAGAGUAUACCAUGAUAAUCAGACUGUAUAUAUACUGAUACAGAGUAUACCAUGAUAAUCAGACUGUAUAUAUAGUGAUACAGAGUAUACCAUGAUAAUCAGACUGUGUAUAUACUGAUACAGAGUAUCCCAUGAUGAUCAGACUGUGUAUAUACUGAUACAGAGUAUACCAUGAUAAUCAGACUGUGUAUAUAUACUGAUACAGAGUAUACCAUGAUAAUCAGACUGUAUAUAUAGUGAUACAGAGUAUACCAUGAUAAUCAGACUGUGUAUAUACUGAUACAGAGUAUCCCAUGAUAAUCAGACUGUGUAUAUACUGAUACAGAGUAUACCAUGAUAAUCAGACUGUAUAUAUAGUGAUACAGAGUAUCCCAUGAUAAUCAGACUGUGUAUAUAGUGAUACAGAGUAUACCAUGAUAAUCAGACUGUGUAUAUACUGAUACAGAGUAUCCCAUGAUAAUCAGACUGUGUAUAUAGUGAUACAGAGUAUACUAUGAUAAUCAGACUGUGUAUAUAUAGUGAUACAGAGUAUACCAUGAUAAUCAGACUGUGUAUAUACUGAUACAGAGUAUACCAUGAUAAUCAGACUGUGUAUAUAGUGAUACAGAGUAUACCAUGAUAAUCAGACUGUAUAUAUAGUGAUACAGAGUAUCCCAUGAUAAUCAGACUGUGUAUAUACUGAUACAGAGUAUCCCAUGAUGAUCAGACUGUGUAUAUACUGAUACAGAGUAUCCUAUGAUAAUCAGACUGUAUAUAUAGUGAUACAGAGUAUACCAUGAUAAUCAGACUGUGUAUAUAGUGAUACAGAGUAUCCCAUGAUAAUCAGACUGUGUAUAUAGUGAUACAGACUAUCCCAUGAUAAUCAGACUGUGUAUAUAGUGAUACAGAGUAUACCAUGAUAAUCAGACUGUGUAUAUAGUGAUACAGACUAUCCCAUGAUAAUCAGACUGUGUAUAUAGUGAUACAGAGUAUCCCAUGAUAAUCAGACUGUGUAUAUAUAGUGAUACAGAGUAUCCCAUGAUAAUCAGACUGUGUAUAUAGUGAUACAGAGUAUCCCAUGAUAAUCAGAAUGUGUAUAUGGUAUUACAAGUAUCCAUGAUAAUCGAACUUCAUGUAUAUAUAGUAUUAUAGAGUGUACCAUGAUAAUCAGACUGUGUAUAUAGUAAUACAGAGUAUCCCAUGAUAAUCAGACUGUAUAUAUACUGAUACAGAGUAUACCAUGAUAAUCAGACUGUAUAUAUACUGAUACAGAUGAUACCAUGAUAAUCAGACUGUGUAUAUAGUGAUACAGAGUAUCCCAUGAUAAUCAGACUGUGUAUAUAGUGAUACAGAGUAUACCAUGAUAAUCAGACUAUGUAUAUAUAGUGAUACAGAGUAUACCAUGAUAAUCAGACUAUGUAUAUAUAGUGAUACAGAGUUUACCAUGAUAAUCAGACUGUAUAUAUAGUGAUACAGAGUAUCCCAUGAUAAUCAGACUGUGUAUAUAGUGAUACAGAGUAUCCCAUGAUAAUCAGACUGUGUAUAUAGUGAUACAGAGUAUACCAUGAUAAUCAGACUGUGUAUAUAGUGAUACAGAGUAUACCAUGAUAAUCAGACUGCACUAAAAAAUGAUACAGAGUAUCCCAUGAUAAUCAGACUGGAUGUAUAUAUACUGAUACAGAGUAUACCUUGAUAAUCAGACUGUGUAUAUAGUGAUACAGAGUAUACCAUGAUAAUCAGACUGUGUAUAUAGUGAUACAGAGUAUACCAUGAUAAUCAGACUGCAAUAAAAAAUGAUACAGAGUAUCCCAUGAUAAUCAGACUGGAUGUAUAUAUACUGAUACAGAGUAUACCUUGAUAAUCAGACUGUGUAUAUAGUGAUACAGAGUAUACCAUGAUAAUCAGACUGUAUAUAUAGUGAUACAGAGUAUACCAUGAUAAUCAGACUGUAUAUAUAGUGAUACAGAGUAUACAUGAUAAUCAGACUGUGUAUAUAGUGAUACAGAGUAUACCAUGAUAAUCAGACUGUGUAUAUAGUGAUACAGACUAUCCCAUGAUAAUCAGACUAUGUAUAUAUAGUGAUACAGAGUAUCCCAUGAUAAUCAGACUGUGUAUAUAGUGAUACAGAGUAUCCCAUGAUAAUCAGACUGUGUAUAUAUAGUGAUACAGAGUAUCCCAUGAUAAUCAGACUGUGUAUAUAGUGAUACAGAGUAUCCCAUGAUAAUCAGAAUGUGUAUAUAGUGAUCGGGAGUAUCCCAUGAUAAUCAGACUGUGUAUAUAUAGUGAUAUAGAGUGUACCAUGAUAAUCAGACUGUGUAUAUAGUAAUACAGAGUAUCCCAUGAUAAUCAGACUGUAUAUAUACUGAUACAGAGUAUACCAUGAUAAUCAGACUGUAUAUAUACUGAUACAGAUGAUACCAUGAUAAUCAGACUGUGUAUAUAGUGAUACAGAGUAUCCCAUGAUAAUCAGACUGUGUAUAUAGUGAUACAGAGUAUACCAUGAUAAUCAGACUGUGUAUAUAGUGAUACAGAGUAUACCAUGAUAAUCAGACUGCACUAAAAAAUGAUACAGAGUAUCCCAUGAUAAUCAGACUGGAUGUAUAUAUACUGAUACAGAGUAUACCUUGAUAAUCAGACUGUGUAUAUAGUGAUACAGAGUAUACCAUGAUAAUCAGACUGUGUAUAUAGUGAUACAGAGUAUACCAUGAUAAUCAGACUGCAAUAAAAAAUGAUACAGAGUAUCCCAUGAUAAUCAGACUGGAUGUAUAUAUACUGAUACAGAGUAUACCUUGAUAAUCAGACUGUGUAUAUAGUGAUACAGAGUAUACCAUGAUAAUCAGACUGUGUAUAUAGUGAUACAGAGUAUACCAUGAUAAUCAGACUGCAAUAAAAAAUGAUACAGAGUAUCCCAUGAUAAUCAGACUGGAUGUAUAUAUACUGAUACAGAGUAUACCUUGAUAAUCAGACUGUGUAUAUAGUGAUACAGAGUAUACCAUGAUAAUCAGACUGUAUAUAUAGUGAUACAGAGUAUACCAUGAUAAUCAGACUGUAUAUAUAGUGAUACAGAGUAUACAUGAUAAUCAGACUGUGUAUAUAGUGAUACAGAGUAUCCCAUGAUAAUCAGACUGUGUAUAUAUAGUGAUACAGAGUAUCCCAUGAUAAUCAGACUGUAUAUAUAGUGAUACAGAGUAUCCCAUGAUAAUCAGACUGUAUAUAUAGUGAUACAGAGUAUCCCAUGAUAAUCAGACUGUGUAUAUACUGAUACAGAGUAUACCAUGAUAAUCAGACUGUGUAUAUAGUGAUACAGAGUAUACCAUGAUAAUCAGACUGUGUAUAUAGUAAAACAUAGGAUACCAUGUGAUUAAUCAGGCAGAGCCUUCUCUCUCUGUCCAGUAACUGAGUGCAGAGCCUUCUCUCUCUGUCCAGUAACUGAGUGCAGAGCCUUCUCUCUCUGUCCAGUAACUGAGUGCAGAGCCUUCUCUCUUUGUCCAGUAACUGAGUGCAGAGCCUUCUUUUUCUGUCCAGUAACUGAGUGCAGAGCCUUCUCUCUCUGUCCAGUAACUGAGUGCAGAGCCUUCUCUCUCUGUCCAGUAACUGAGUGCAGAGCCUUCUCUCUCUGUCCAGUAACUGAGUGCAGAGCCUUCUCUCUCUGUCCAGUAACUGAGUGCAGAGCCUUCUCUCUCUGUCCAGUAACUGGAGUGCAGAGCCUUCUCUCUCUGUCCAGUAACUGGAGUGCAGAGCCUUCUCUCUCUGUCCAGUAACUGGAGUGCAGAGCCUUCUCUCUCUGUCUAGUAACUGGAGUGCAGAGCCUUCUCUCUCUGUCCAGUAACUGGAGUGCAGAGCCUUCUCUCUCUGUCCAGUAACUGGAGUGCAGAGCCUUCUCUCUCUGUCCAGUAACUGGAGUGCAGAGCCUUCUCUCCUUUUCUUCCUUAAUCCCGGAUGGGUUGUGGAGAGACUGGAUGUUAGAGAUAAUUUGCUAAGCUCUAUGUCUUGUGUCUGUUUAACAAACUAAUAAUAUGUUUUCUCUCCAGGAAGGCUGAUGGCGAAGCGUGGGUGUCGUGUAAGAUUGCAGGUAUGUUUAUUGUGAGUGAUGGUUUUAUUCCUGGCAGUGCCACCCUGACCUGUGUUCCCCAAGUGAUCCCAGCUGCCAUUUAACUAAUACUGUUUAUCGUUGCUUGUACAUAUUGCUGCAUUACACAUCGAUGGGCAGCUUGUUAAAUAAUGGCACCUUACAAAUAUUGAAUUCAAAUCCUGCAGGUAGAAAAUAAACCGUUUAAUUAAUGAGACGUCAAUUCACUGUAAUUUGUAAUUACACUGCUGAAAAUACAUUCUAUAAUUGUAUAAUACAGGAUAUAUUUAAUAUAUGAUACUAUAAUAACCAUGUCCUAAAGGACCCAGCAAUAACCAGCACAAUGUCUCAAAUGCACAUUUUGUUGGUUUAUAACAUUCGGUUUAUUCAAUGUGCAUUUUUUCUCAUUUUGACCUAGAAACCUGCAAUUCUCUUAUUAGUUCUCCACAAUUCCUAGUUUGUCAUUUCCUGCUUUGACGGCCACUAGACUGGUAUAGGAAUGUAUCACUUAACAAACACUGACCCACUUACUUAGUAAAGCCAGUAUUCAAAACGCAUUUCAUAUUUAAGGCCAGAUAAGAAGGGAAAGUGAAUUCUCACGCUAGUUAAAUACCGCUGUCAGUGGGGAUUGUCCUUUUUUUAUCACAAAGUCUCGCACUAAAAUGUGAAUGUUCUCUUUCACAGGGAAACCUACAAUUUAUGGAUGUCUGAAAUGCCUGGGGGUUGGUUCUGAUGGCAUUCCCCAUAUCACCUCCUCAGAUGAAUUUGUUGUACAUGCAGUCACAAAGGUACGUUGUAACUGCAUGUUGAAAUGAAAUUAAAGGAAAACUGCAGGCACCAUAACCACUUUACUCACCAAUUAACCCAGGUGUUCAAUCCCCAGCAGACUGCAGCCCUGUCUCUAACGACCAAAUGGCCACUUCAGUCCAUACCAGGGGUAGCAGGCAGUGAUAGCUUGAGAACAUCACAAUCCCUGGUAUAAAUUGGUACGGUAUCGCAGAAAAUGAAUCUAAAAACACUGGUGCCUGGUUUCACAGACCUGCCGACAAACUCAGGUUAAACCUGAGAAACAUGUUAAUUGGGUUGUAGUGUAUCCAAAUUGUUUUUUGUAGCCUUCUGCUUAUAUAGAGCUAUUCUUCACCCUCCUUCAUGAGCUAAACACCAGCAGUAUAAAGCUAUGGACUGCUUAUAUGUUGGGUUUUAUUCUGCAAAAUAAUCUUUAUCAGAUCACUGUUAUAUUUUUAUAUUUACAGUUCAACCACUGCUCAAAAGCCAAGUGGAUAAUUUUAAAACCAGACACAGAUAAUGUAUUACUGCAAUAAUUCUUACUGUUUGAGGUGUUGUAAAAGUUGGGGUAUGAAGCACACGUUCGGAUUGCUGUUACCACGGAUGUGACAUGUCACGGCUGUGGGUGUGUGAUCGUAGGAUUUUUUUGGUCAGUGUCAACAGAGCACCCGGCUGUGUGUUUUCGAGAUGGUUACUCUGCAUCUUGCAUUUCUUUCAGAAAAGUAUAUCUGUCUCCUGUCCCAGUGAAAACACAUCCUCCAAAUUUCUGUCUCCGUACACUGGCUUCGCGAGAAUCCAUGGAAAAAGUGUAAGGUAUUUUUACAUAUUUCUUUUUUUUAUUUUUACGUCUUCCGUUCUUUUCCGUUCUGUGUGUAAAAAAAAAAAAAUAGAACAAUAUUUGAAAAAGUAAAAUAGAAGGAAUUCUAAAUGGGGGGAAAAACCCACCAACAAUGGUGCAAUCAUUGCAUAAACCAGUGUGAGGUUUUACCUGAAUUCUAAUAAACAAGCAAACUGCGUUUCCUUAAAAACUGAGUCGAAUCAUGUCUAACUGUCAGUACAGUAAACCAGGAAAAUUCUGUUAAAAGUUUAAAAGCAACUUGCACAGAAAUGGAUUUUUAAAAGCUGACUAGAUUAGCGCUGGUAAGAAACCGGCCUAAGUAAAAAAAAAAAAAUUGACAUUCACUUGCAUUUUUUAUUUAUUUCAUGUACAUGGAAUUUACGGUUAAUUUCCCCCCCCUUUGAUGUUGAAAGAGAAGCUGCUAAGUGCUUAAAUGGUACCUGCGUUUAUAACACUCUGUAUGAAGCUGUUCCUGAAACAAGAGACACUCUGACUCUUGUGAUUCCGUGUGUGCGUGUUUGCACGGAAUUAUGGGUAGAUGCAAGACGCCAUUCUGAUAGCAAAGCAUCACAUUAGAUCAUUUGUUUUUGUAUUUUGUUGUACCUAAUGUAACAAUGCAAUGAUUUGUGGACCCAGGACAUACUUGAAAACGAGAGAAAUCUCAAUGUAUCUUUCCUGGUAAAAUAUUUUAUAAAUAAAUAAAUAAAUAAAAUACACAAAACAUUUAUUUUGGUAUCAACUGCACAUUUUUUUUAAAAUAAGAAAUAUUAUUAAAGUCCAGAGGGUACUCUUUAUUUAGUUGCUUUUUGUAUUAUUUUGUGCUUAUAAAAAGAAAGACUGCACUCACCUGAACAUGUACAUUUUUUUUUAUUUUUUAUAAACUGCUAUAUUAGUGCAACAUAGAGAAUACAGUGCACUUACCUUGUGACUCAUUAUAAAGAGAACAACAUUAUUAUAUGAUCGUACAUUGUGUGAGCCUGCCAUAAAAUGGAACACAUUGAUGUAGAAGACCUAUUCAUUGCAUGAUAAUAUAUUGUUUUUUUUGUGUUAUGUGUUUUUAACAAUUUUGUGAUCUUUAAAAUUAGUCUGAGUGGAUUCUCUGUGUGUGUGUGUGUGUGUGUAUGUAUGUAUUAGUGAUGUAUGUACGUGUGCAUAGAUGUGUGUGUGUAUGUAUGUAUUAGUGAUGUAUGUACGUGUGCAUAGAUGUGUGUGUGUAUGUAUGUAUUAGUGAUGUAUGUACGUGUGCAUAGAUGUGUGUGUGUGUGUAUGUAUGUAUUAGUGAUGUAUGUACGUGUGCAUAGAUGUGUGUGUGUGUGUGUGUGUGUAUGUAUGUAUUAGUGAUGUAUGUACGUGUGUAUGGAUGUAUUACUGAUGUAUGUACGUGUGCAUAGAUGUGUAUGGAUGUAUUACUGAUGUAUGUACGUGUGCAUAGAUGUGUGUGUGUAUGGAUGUAUGUAUUAGUGAUGUAUGUACGUGUGCAUAGAUGUGUGUGUGUGUGUGUAUGGAUGUAUUAGUGAUGUAUGUACGUGUGCAUAGAUGUGUGUGUGUAUUGAUGGAUGUAUUAGUGAUGUAUGUACGUGUGCAUAGGUGUGUGUGUGUGUGUAUGGAUGUAUUAGUGAUGUAUGUACGUGUGCAUAGAUGUGUGUGUACAUAUAGAUAAUGUUUAUAUACCUCUGUCAGAUUUCUUUAUGAUUCUUUGUCUCCCCUCCUUCCACCAGAUAACCUGCAUGGAUGUGUCCAGCGGAGGGGGACUGGGGCUCUCUACCAGUACAGAUGGAUCUAUGAAGAUCUGGCAAACUAAUAACGGGGAAAUUAGAGUAAGUUCGAUUGCUCUGUGUUUAUUUAACCCUUUGAAUGUCUAAAAUAACAAUUAUGUAAACCCAGAUAUGUAAGGACUAUAUAACACAGCUACCAAAACAUAGUAACAAAUGUCAACAUUUCUCAGACUCUAGUCCUUAGAGCUACAAUCGCAAACUCCAUUCUGCAUGUUAAACCCAGCAUGUACUGGCAAAUACCAAUAUCACGUUUAAAGUCUGCCAGUUUACCAGUCAGGACUGACCCCCAUCCCCUGCACAGUACAGUCUGGACGUUACAAUAUUAAAGGGACAGUGUAUCCUCCAAAUCACUUUAAAAUGCAGGAUUUCAGCCGCAUUCUCUCUUUGUAUUCAGUCGAAUGUUGACCCAUCCCAUAAAAUUCUAGAGCUUAGUUGUUCUCAUUUCUUUAGUGAAAUUACCUUCAGUGUUUCUUACUAAAGCCAAAAUAGAGGGAUGAAGUUGGUGACGGCUGCUGCUUCGGUCAUAUUUCCCAGCAGAUCCCUGACAAUGAGUGGAUUGUUUGUAGCGCUGUAAUAUGUUCUCAUACAAUGGACGGACCGUCCAGGUGAUAACGUUGCGUGUUUUGUUCCUUCUGCAGAGGGUUCUGGAAGGUCACAUUUAUGAUGUAAACUGCUGCAUGUUCUUCCCCUCCGGGAUGGUGGUGCUCAGCGGAGGGAUGGAUUCUCAGAUUAAGAUCUGGUCGGUGGAAGACGCCAGCUGCCCGGUUACCUUUAAAGGUCAUCAAGCAGGUAAUCAGGGCCGUAGCUCCCCCAGCCUGGAAUCCCAUGUACUUCUAUAGCGACUUUUUGUCACAUAAUGGAAUAUUACUGAGUACAGUCUACACUGUUAGCAUGGUUUAUAUUGGUGCCGCUUUUAUUUUUUUUAUUUUUUUUUUUAUCAUCACAAAAACCCAACAAUUCUUCUUACACUUUAAUAUAUCCCAGCAUGCAUCUCACUUGCUGUUUUUGAUUGGUUGCCAAAUUCUGCUAUUGCAAGCUUGAUUUAAUAAUAUCUAGAAGAAUUUGCAGAUGAGGAAUCGGGUUACUUUAACUUGCGUCAUCUUUUACCAUUAGAGUAUGUUUAAAAGCAGCCCUUAAAAUAAAUGGCCAGCUUUUUAAAUGGCCACUAAACACCUUUUGUUUUAUUACAGGGAUGUUUUCCUAAUCUCUACCAGCUUCUCUGUUUCUUUAAUACCAAUUCUGUCUCCCAUAAGAUUGUAUGGGAGAUGGUUUGUUUAUUAAUCCGAAUCUGACGAUUUUAUUAAUACUAAGAAGUUUCUAAUUAUAGAAUUCAUUGUCAAGCACUAUCACAUAACCUGUGGUAUUUUACCACCCGACAUUACAAAAAAAAAAAAAAAAAAGAGAGAGAGGGGAUGGAAAAAAUCCACCCCCAAGGGGUUCACAGCAAACAGCCCCAUGGGAGAAGCAGAAUGUGUAUGCGUCAUAUUAAAGGUCCUGUUUUGUAGGAAUCUUGGACUUGGCGGUGGUGGAUCGUGGAAGGAACGUGUUGUCUUGUUCUCGGGAUGGCACAGCCAGACUUUGGGAUUGCGGUAGAUCCUCCUGCCUCGCCGUGGUUGCAGAGUGUGGUGUUCCUAUUAACGGCAUGUGCAUAGGGGUGCCUGACAACACUGUGAAUCUGGGAUCCCAUGAAGAACCACCGAGUAAGUCAUUGGGUCCCUAUCAGCUUUCUUUAUUGGUGGAUAUAGGUGUUUAAUAGGUUAGAGAGUAAAAAAAAAAAAAAAGUUAUUUUUUUUCUUAUAUCCAGCGUGGGCCAGGCACUCACUCUCCGCUCUUGUGCUGGCCUCAGUGCAAACGUUGCACUCAGGACUUUGUAGCACAAUAAUCAUUUAUUGUGUAAAACAAGUUGGCAUUUCAGUCCCAUGUGGACUUUUAUCAUGACAUCCAUACAAAACCAUGAAGCACAAUAUAUAGGGUGUAAAACGGAAGUGAUCAUGCAAGACAUCAUAAAUUAGCUAAUACAAUUGCAUUAAAAAUAAUUCCAUAAACCAAUUAGUUUGACACACCUCUCCAGUGACUGAUUCCCUAACUGUCGCUGUAGUCAUGUGAGCAAUAGAGCAGAAUGAUAAAAACUCUGAUAACUCAGAUAAGUGUGCCAAAUAUCCCAGCGAUAGCGAGAGAGAAAGCUAGUGAACCUCUGAGUGAAAUGCAGAAGUAAUCCUCAUUAAAUGCUGAAAUAAGAGUUUAAGGAAAUAAUGAAAGUCCUACUUGCUGCGAAGUGUUAGGAAGACUCAAGCAUAACUCCAGAUCAUCCAGAGACAGAAACUAGGUAAACGUAAAGUAAGAUCCCUAUUCAGAAAAUGUUGAAGGGAAGUACAUAAAAAGUUGUGACCAUGUGUUGGUGAAAAAUGAGAUAUCAGUUCUGCAGUCGCAAGUAUCUGUUUGAGCACAUAAACAGGACUUUGCGUCAAAGAUCCACCUUUCACAAGAGACAGCACGAAACAAAAUAGAGGACAUACAUUAAGCCAGGCAACAUAAGGACAGAAACAAAAAAAAAUCAAGAAAUGCAAUAAAAUGAACUUGUAGUGGAACCUAGCUAACAGCAUGCUAUCCAAAUAACCUUAUCCUAAUGCAAGGAUGACCCAUAGGGGAGUAUCAGUAUAUUACACUGAGGCUAAGUUCCAUAUAGAAUCUAGGAGGACUUACCCUGGAAGAAGCACACCAUCUGCAGGAAAAUAAAGAUAAGGCACAUAGACAUGGAAAUCUUAGCUAUUUAUGUCACAGCCAAAAAAACUAUAAAGUAAGUUCUGCUCAUUGAGUCCUCCCGGUGCCACAGUCCACAAUCUUCUGGUUCCGGGAAGCCUCGUGUUUCAGUAAUUCACGAUCCCAGGCCUCUCCACGGGGGAGUGGAGGUAUGUGGUCGAUUUUCAUUUGCAAUCUGAGCCCUGGGUGUGCCUUGUCUGAACUGGAUUAUGAUGUCAUGUGCGAAGUCUUUAAAAGAAAAACCACAUCACAAGAAAAAGAAAAGUUAUAUUUUGGGUGAUUUUUAAUGUUUUAUGGAAUGGUGUCGUUUCUCGAAGUGUCAGUUCCUCUGCCGUCACAUUCUAUGUUUCUAAAUGUUUCUUCGGAGCCAGUAUUGCACAAAAGUGAUAGAAUUUUAAGUUGUCAUUAAAUAGGUUGAUGUAUAAUAGUGAAAUCAAUAAAUUAAAGAAGAAAAUUUUUAACAUAACAUUUUGGUUAAUUUUAGCAUGUUUUCCCUUAUAAUACCGUGCAUUGUGCUUUGUGUUUAUAUCACAGGCGACCGCGAAGUGGGGACUGGAGGGAAGUUAUUGCUGCUGGCGCGAGAGGAUAAAAAGCUGCAGGGAGUGAGUGUGCAAAGUCGUACGCCUGUGAGUACCGCCCAAUGCGACUUACCUGGUCUGCUCUUAUAAUACAUUCAGCAUGGCUUGUGAUUACUGGAAACCUGAUUUUUCUAAAUGUAACUCCUUACAGCAGUCGUUAGGAGUCCGUUUUAAAGAAUGUUCUCGUGGAAUUUGUCCUUUCUCCAUAUGCACAUACUGUAAUGAAUUUAGUUUCAGAUGUUUAAUGACACUUUAAGUUUUAGUCAGUAAACUUGGAUUUACAGCAGUUACAAUUAUUUAUAUAGCGCCAACAUAUUCCGCAGCGCUGCAAGUACAAAACUCUGCAGAGAUGCAGACAUUUUCCAGACCCCAUAUACAAAAGCCAUAUUUAUAUUUGCUAGUGAUUUCGACAGUCCAAUCCAUGAAAUAAAACGUGUGUGUCUAUCUGAUGCAGACCUUUCAUUAAUAUAUUUUAUUGGUCUGGUCGAAAAUCACAAUGCAUCAUGGGGGAUGUGGUUCUGUAACCGCUGAACCUCUACCUUUUAGUCACCCCUAUUUUAUAUCGUACGCGAUGAUGGAGAUUUACUGUGCUCUGUGUUCUGGAUUGUUUUCCAGAUAUUUGUCUUCGAUGGAUCCGAUGCAUUUAACUGCUGCACCUUCCUUUCCAGUAUGAGCGUUCUGGCGGGAACCCAGGAUGGUAACAUAUACACACUGGAUGUCAGGAAUACAAGGUGAGCAUUGAAUAUUGCUUUCAUGGGGGGGACCAUAUAGUGAGAAGUUGUUUUUACAAGUUUUUUGGUUUUCUAUUUCUCACAGGACCCCAGUGCAGACUCUGUGCAAGUCAGGGGCCCCAGUGCUUUCCUUGAUGCCCUUUGGAGAAGGAUUUAUUGCUAGCCAAGGUAUCCUCACAGACACAAUAUGGGAUUAAAGAGGGUGACGUUUAUUUAAUAAGACUUUACCAUUUUUACUUAAUGUAAAUCGAACUUAAUUCAGUGUAAGUGAAAUAGAACAUACAAGGUUAUUCAGGAAAGUGCGAAUUCAACGUGCUUUUUACAUUUCAGGCCAAUUGGAAACAUUCUGUUAGUUCUGUUUGGCAACUUCGGCCUAAAACAUGAAAUUCACACCUUGAAUUCUCACUUUAGUAAAAUGCCCUGAGAGUGUCUUUACUUGUAUUCCUUCAUAAAAUGUAGGUUUUAUAACACAGGAGGCUACUACCAAUUUAUCUCCAUCAACCCCCAUGUUCUUUGCAUCACUCUGCUAACUGAAUGUAUCUGGCUCUGAUAAUUUUAUCCAUUUAAACCUCUAAAGCUGAUUUGCUUCCUCGGUUUAGGUGAUGGAACCUGUUUCGUUUUACAACAAGACUCUGCUCAGGUUCUGGAACUCAUUGGACCAGACUAUGACCCUGUAUACAAGGUACGGUACCAGACUGUGGGGAAGACAGAGAGACCGUACAGUUAUGUGAAUAUUUCUCCCCACUCUACUGUCCGUAGCGAGGGGUGGUAUUUACAGAAAAGAUUAUCAAUUAACGCUAGGGUUUUUCCUCGUUACGUGGAUGCUCGACAAUGUCCGCGUUCUGCCAAUCCAUUGUUUUCUCAUAGAGAAGCAUUAGCCGCGUUUGUAGGCGAUGAUACCAAAUGCAAUUGUAUAAGGUGUUUAGGAGGAAACUGCUCUAAAGGCUGUCAGUAUGGCAAAAACUAGAGGCAAGUUCUCUGAGAAAUGUAAACCUUUUUAUUUCAUGACCAUGUUUUCAACAGUCCAAACAAAAAAGGAAGAAUGAGGAGGUAGGAAAAGAAUAAUAAAAUGUGUGCGCUAGCUUGUAGAAAUUGCCAGGUCAGAGAUAGGAAGUACAAUUAUUUAUCUGUGAUACCUGUAUCUUAAUGGAACUCAGAGACACUUUAGUGGACUAACAGCAGAAAGUCACCAACAUAUUCUGCUUGAUUAUAACCAUAACAAGUGCUAAGAGGGGAGUUCUUUAGCCAUUGCAAUUCCCCUCUCCUACCCACAGCAAUCUUGGGUAGUAGUUGUGGUUUUUUAACACAAUAAGACUUCCCAAAGAGCUGGACAUGCAAGGUUUAGCUAUGUUAUUAGAUGUCAUAGACAUUUCCGGUCCUUGAAGGCCAUGAGGGAGCCAAGAGUUAGACAACUAGCCUUUAACUUUUCUCUGCUGAUACAAUGCGUGUCAUUUGUAACCCUGCUCUUCUUAUCGUUGUCCUGUUUGUGCUGUCUUGCAGGUGGCAGCCAUGGAUAAACUUGUCUAUACUUGCUGUAGAGAUGGAAUUAUCCGGAAAUAUCAGCUUACGGAUCUGUGACCAACAUGUGGAAUAUAUGGAGGGAUGAUCGGGCCGAAAUCUGACUGAAAAGAUUUGUGCAUUCUUUUGAAAAGACUCUAAGACUCUUAUUUGUUAAAAAAAAAAAAACUUGUAUUAAAUACGAUUUCUUCAUCAGUCCUAUUUUUUGGACUUUCAUUUGUAGUGACAAAAACAUGUUACAAG